UCUCCAAAAUGCCCUGGAUUAAGCUAGGCAGGCUGCUCCAGCGCACGAAAUCCUUAUGGAAGUUCUGGCGAGCCUGCGUGUCGCCUGCCUCCCGAGCCCUCCGCCCGCGCCGGCUAAGAAUGGAGGCCUCCUGCCUCGAACUAGCCCUCGAAGGAGAGCGACUGUGCAAAGCUGGCGACUUCAAGGCCGGAGCCGCCUUCUUCGAAGCCGCGGUGCAGGUGGGGACGGAGGAUCUGAAGACGCUUAGCGCCAUCUACAGCCAGCUGGGCAAUGCCUAUUUCUACCUAAAGGAAUAUUCCAAGGCCCUGGAAUACCACAAGCAUGACCUCACCCUCGCCAGGACCAUUGGGGACCGUAUUGGAGAAGCCAAGGCCAGUGGCAACCUUGGAAAUACAUUGAAAAUACUUGGGCAGUUUGACGAAGCUAUCGUUUGUUGCCAGAGACACUUGGACAUUUCUCAGGAGCAGGGAGACAAGGUAGGUGAAGCUAGAGCGCUGUAUAACAUUGGCAAUGUUUACCAUGCAAAGGGAAAGCAGUUGUCUUGGAACGUGGCCCAAGACUCACGUUCCCUGCCUCAAGAAGUCAAGGAGACGCUGCAGAGAGCUUCGGAGUACUAUGAGAGGAAUCUGUCUCUGGUGAAGGAGCUCAGGGACAGAGCCGCGCAGGGCCGGGCCUAUGGGAACCUCGGCAACACCCAGUACCUGCUCGGCAACUUCAGCAAAGCCACCGCUUUCCACAAGGAGGUAAGGAGCGUGGCCCUCCUUCCCGAGUUUGGGGACAGAGCGGCCGAGAGGAGGGCCUACAGCAACCUGGGCAACGCGCACAUCUUCCUGGGCAGGUUUGACAUCUCGGCGGAGUACUACAAGAAAACGCUCCAGCUGUCCAGACAACUGAAAGACCAAGCGGUCGAAGCUCAGGCUUGCUACAGCCUGGGAAACACGUACACCUUGCUCCAGGACUACGAGAGAGCCAUCGAGUACCAUCUCAAGCACCUGCUGAUAGCGCAGGAGCUGGGGGACAGGGUGGGAGAAGGAAGAGCCUGCUGGAGCCUAGGAAAUGCCUAUGUCUCCCUCGGGAACCAUGACCAAGCCCUGCGUUUUGCAAGGAAGCAUCUUGAAAUCUCCCAAGAGAUCGGGGAUCGGAACGGGGAGCUGACGGCGCACAGGAACGUGGCCCAGCUGAAGUCAGCCCUGGGCCUGAGACUCGACGAGGAGGAGGGGGCUGCCACCCUUCGUCCCGCGGGCUACGAAGCGCAAGGAGCCAGGCCUAAGAGAAUCCAAAGGAACAGCAUGGACAGCUUAGACCUCUUGAAGUUCCCCUCGGAAAAGGAGCAGAACGGGGAUAGCCACCAUAUGGGAGACCUGAAGAUCACGGGAAAGGACUUCUUGUCUCUGCCUGUGAGAUCCAAGAAAUACCAAGAGAACCAGUCCGGUUCAGAGAGGAAAAUCCAGGAGUCCCAUUUGUCACCGGUGGAUGCCAGUGAUGUCCGAGUCCAGGUGUCUCAAUCGGUAGGAAGAUGACGGGCGUUUUUCGCCCCUUC